UCUACCCACACAGUUCAGAGAGAGAGAGAGAGGGAGAGAGAGAGAGAGGGAGAGAGAGAGAGAGAGAGAGAGAGAGAGAGAGAGAGAGAGAGAGAGAGAAGCUGUUCUUCCUGAGGGAUCGUUCAUUUACUGCGGGAAGAACAUUAAAAAGACGUCUUUCCAUCUCAGCCGGUGUAGGUUGAAUUUUGGAGUCUUUCUUCUACGAAACAGAAAGAGAGCACAAUGGAGUUCCUCUCCCGACCUCACAGCAUCCGCAUCUCGGAGGUGACGUGCGACUCCUUUAGGAUCGGCUGGGCGGCUGAGCCGGGGGACGCUGGGAGGGUGACGCACUACUUCAUCGACCUCAGCAGGAAGGAGGCGCGAGACCCCAACCGCUUCAAACACAAGGACGUCCCGACGAAGCUGGUGACGAAGGCGGUGCCCCUGCCCAUGACGGUGCGCGGUCACUGGUUCCUGAGCCCGCGCACCGAGUACAGCGUGGCCGUGCAGACAGCGGUCAAGCAGCCGGACGGAGAGUACCUGGUGUCCGAAUGGAGCGAGGUCACAGAGUUCUGUACCGGAGAUUACUCCAGAGCUCACCUGCAGCAGCUCCAGCUCAAGGCUGGCUCCAUCGCGGGGAGGCUGCGUCCAUUCAGUGUGUUCUACCGGAACCAGAACCACGAGUAUUUCCAGCACGUCAGGCUGCAGUGUGGAGGUGUGAUGCCCCCGGUGCUGAAGGACAGCAGCGGCAGCGUGGGCUCUCCCAUCAACGGGGCGCUGAGCGGGGUCUUCUUCAGCUGCAACACGGAGUUCGACACGGGGCUGCCCCCCAACGACUCCCCCUACGGGGCCGCGCGCUUCCAGAUCCCAGCCGGCCGGCUCUUCAGCCCUGACACGCGUCUCUACUUCGCUGAUUUCUACUGCAUGUACACUCCCUACCACUAUGUGGUUCUGGUGCUGGCCCCGAGCGGCUCCCAGGGGGACUGCUUCUGCCAGGACCGCCUCCCCGAGCUCGACCCCGCCCACAACCCCUUCCUGACCCGCACCCAGCAGGAAGGGGCGGAGCCGGUGUACAGCCACGCCCACGACGUGAUCCUGGAGGUUGUGUUCGCGGCGCCCGUGGCUCUGGCCCACGGCAUGCUGGGAGAGAUCAGCGGGCACAUGCUGAUGAGUCAGACGACCGCCAACGCCAAGAAGGACCCGAGCUGCAAGACCUGCAACAUCAGCGUGGGCCGCUGAGCAUGCUGGGAGUCACGUCAACUAGCUGCCCCAUGUUGAUCAAACACUCGUUAUAGUUUAAUAAUUAGCGUUUUAUUUCCUUACAGAAAUGCUCAGUGGAGUAACCAGCUUUGUCAAACACAGGGGGCUGUGUCUGUGUUGCUGGUUGUGUUUCAGUAAUAUAAAGACACAGCUCUGAAGCCAUUGAAAAUCCUCUUACCUCUCAUUCUCUGUGUUGGGUCAUCACCGCUCCACUGAUCAUUGUCGAGAUGAACUUGUGCUUUAUUAUACUCACUUCAUCUCCGAUUCAGGCUUGGAAGCAACCUACAGUCGCGGCCAAUAGUUUUGCAUCACCUAGAAUUGUAGGAUUGAGCAGCGUGGAGUAGUGGUUAGGGCUCUGGACUCUUGACCGGAGGGUUGUGGGUUCAAUCCCAGGUGGGGGACACUGCUGCUGUACCCUUGAGCAAGGUACUUUACCUAGAUUGCUCCAGUAAAAACCCAACUGUAUAAAUGGGUAAUUGUAUGUAAAAAUAACGUGAUAGUUUGUAACAAUUGUAAGUCGCCCUGGAUAAGGGCGUCUGCUAAGAAAUAAAUAAUAAUAAUAUACAUGUACAUAAUUUAGAUAUUUUAUUUAACAUCAUGCAAUCAAAUAAACUACAAAAUGAUAUCGCAAAAGUCUAACCGAAAGCCACAAUAGCAGUACAGUAUUUCAUGUUAGAUUUCGAAAUGUCACAUUUAUGGAAAACUCCAAAGCGGUGUGUAAUUCAAUAUGUUAACAUUAUUCAGGAGGUUUCAUUCGACUUUAUGAAGCAAAAUCAGUUAAUUCUAUAAGGUGAUGCUAAACGUUUGGCCAAGGCUGUAGUGUUAAAACUAUAAUCAAACAUUAUAGCAAAAUAUAUAACACUUCAACUCUACAAUAAUCAAGAAAAUUGAGGUAGUGAAAGUGAAGUUUGAUAAGCUGCCAGCCCCCCUCAGUAAUGUUUCACACUCCAGUGUAUUGAAGUCCUGUUACACAGAAAAUAACCAAGUGCCUGCUGGUGUUUGCAUCUUCAGAUCAUCUAGUCUUCAGCAGGGUAGUGAUUUGUGUUUCUCUGUAUUUCACAGCUGCAUGUACAGUACUGUGUUCAAUGACCCAAUGACUGUCCUACAGUGCAGAUCACUUACAUUUCACUGUCUGUCCUGCUGCUAGAAACAUGCGAGGCGCGCGCAGAGCGAACAUAAACGUUUUCAGCUUGUCUGCUUUUUAUUCUGUGUCUGAAACUGUGAAUGUGAA